CCCUUUCUUUCUCCCUUCCCCUCCCCUUCCCCCUUCCUGCUCCUGAACCUGCAGCUCCGCCUGGGAGCGGCGGGAGGGACCGAUUCCAUUAGGACUCCACCUCGGCCCUGGGGCCUGGUGGCUUAGUCCUUGGCGAUAGCGACAUGCGGCUCUUGUUCCUGGCGGUGCUGCGGCCGCACACAGGCAACGCGGUCACAGCCGAGCGCCUGCGAGAUCACCUGGAAGCUGCGGGCCACAUGUGCCUUCUGAGAGAUGCCUUUGACUUUGAAAGCCCAUCUGAUGUUGCCAAGCUCAUCACAACUGAGAACAUGGAAGCAGCCCUAGCCCUACACCUCUACCGAGGAGGCAGACUUCUGCAAGGUCAUGGCAUUCCUUUUGGGGUCAUCUUUGGUGGAACUGAUUUAAAUGAAGAUGCCAAUCAUAAAGAAAAAAAUGAAGUCAUGGGGAGAGUCCUGGAGGAAGCCAGGUUCGCCGUGGCUUUCACAGAGGCAAUGAAGGACACAGCGCAGGUGCAGUGGCCACAUGCUACUGGAAAGAUAUUUGUCCAGAGUCAAGGAAUUGCAACAAUACCAAAUGCCAAUUUUGACUGGAACACCUUCCUCCAGCAAUCAGAGAUUGACCAGAAUGCAGACAACCUGUAUGUGUUCCUUAUAAUAUGUGGACUCAGGCCGGUGAAGGACCCUCUGUACUUGGUAGACGCAUUCUCAGAAUGGCAUCAAGAAGAGCCCAAUGUUUACAUGGUGAUUGUAGGUCCUGAGGUGGAUCCAGUGUUUACAAGGGAAGUGAAAGACCGAGUGAGGAGGGCUGCAGGGGUGCGGCUGAUCCGGGAGAUGUGCCAGGAAGAUCUGCAUGCAGUGGUGAAGAACUGUUUUGCCCUAGUCAACAGUUCAGUCUCUGAGGGCAUGUCAGCCGCCAUCCUGGAGGCAAUGGAUUUGGAAGUUCCUGUGCUGGCUAGGAACAUCCCUGGGAACUCGGCUGUGGUGGAGCAUGGAGUCACAGGACUACUGUUUUCAGACCCUCAGGAGUUCAUUCAGUUGGCAAAGAGAUUGCUUAGUGAUCCUGUGUUGGAGAAGGAAAUCGUGACCAAUGGAAGAGAGUACGUGAGGACACACCAUUCCUGGCAGGUGGAGAGAGACACCUACCAGCGCCUCAUCAGGAAGCUGGAGGCGAGCUUGGAGGAUUAAACGAUGGAAGUCUGUACUCGCCACAUCUGUCCUAACAACCAUUGGGUGCUCUGCUCUGGGUAGAUGCCAAAAGAUGGGACCUAGUCCUGGACCACUGAAAUCCUAGA